GUCCUGGGAUCUGCUGGUACUCUAAUUACUUUUGCUCUUAAAAAAAAAAAGGUCCACAAAUAUUAUGGACAAACACAGGCACCAGAUUUUCAAAGCAUUUCCGUGAUCCUGUAUAAACCAGAGGAAAAGAGAACUGGUCUGCGCGCCUCCCUUACAGCCACCUCCCAGAGCAUGAAUCUCGCUUCAGCAGGCUUGGGCAGGGCAAAGUGAAUCCUCCUAAUGUUGACACAACAAGACACAGCAUAAAGGCCCCUUCCUCUUUCCCAGUCACCGCACAGCAUCUCUGAAAUCAAGGAGCCAGAAUGACGAGCCAGUCUCAGGGAAUACAACAGCUUUUGCAGGCUGAAAAGCGUGCCAAGGACAAGCUUGAGGAAGCCAAAAAAAGUAAGUUGUGCAGCCCCUGGGCUGACUGCAUUUCUUUGAUGAAUGUCAAUGGAAAAAGGACAGGAAUUUUUAUUUAAUGUAUUUUUUUAGCUUUAAAUAAGUCAUUUACACAUAAAGAGGCAUAGACAGAAAGGCAUAACAAAUCUAUCUUUUUAACAUAAAUUAUACCGAGUGAGUAACUAAAUUUGUAGUAUUGUUAUAAGUAAAGUUAUUUCCUCGUCAUAUUAUUCCUGCAGAUUACUUCCAACACAUAUUUUAUAUCAUUCUGAUCAUUUGUUUUCUCAUUCCAGUAGCAAAUAAACUUAUACCAACAAUCCACAGAUUUUUAUUUUUGCCCACUUAUUCUUCCUGUCAUUUCUUAUAAUAGUUUGUCGUAUGUAUAUUAGUCCAUUAUAUAUAUAUAUAUAUAUAUAUAUAUAUAUAUAUAUGCGCACGCACGCACGCGCACACACACACAUAAGAAUAUAUUCUAGGCCUCAAAUGAUGAGUUAUUUUUGUUCCAACUAAUGGCCACUAAUAUUUCCACCGUAACUAACAUAUUUCCCAUGUUUAUUUUUAUAUUGGAUCAAUAUUAACCGAAAAUUAACCCAUAUUGUGUUUUAAUUUGUUGGAAGCCGCCCAGAAUGACUGGGGUAACCCAGUCACAUGGGUGGCAUAUAAAUGUUGUUGUUGUUGUUGUUAUUCCAAUCCACCCAAGAACAAAACUGUGGGCUUUUCCAAUUGCCCUCAGUUGCAUUGAUCACAUUAAUACAGAGUUGCUUUGCUACUUUACAUUCCCACCCAAAUGUGGUUAAAAUCUUGACAUCUUGCUUCUUUCUCCAGACUAGCUAUUACAGUAGCUAGUACAUUUUCCUUCACUUAUGAGGAGUAUGAAGUCAUAAAUAUAAAAUCAUAUGCCUUUUUGUUUUGCAGCAACAUCUGUAGAAUAAGCAUAGGAAUUCUGGCGCUAGUUCAUCUUUACUCAACAUUUUAACUUCUGCUUCCAUUUCUCUCUUAAACUCUUUCUCCUUACUAUCUUGGGAUGUAUCUGAAGCUGGGCUUUCAAGCAAUGAAACUGGCUUCAAGUCCAUGAAAUGAGAGUUUUGCUUGCAGUGUUUUUUGUGUGUGGUGUGGCUUUUUUAACCCAUUCAGAGCUAUGCUCCUUCUCCCUUCAUUCACUUCCAUUAAGUACUACUGUAGUUGACUGUAACCCACUUGUGGCCUUCGAGAGGUGGUUGGACUCUCAAGUCCCAUCUUCCUCAACCAGCAUGGUCAGCGAUGAUGGGAGCUGUAGUCCAACAACACAGGGCUGGGUGUCUGCAUUGAUCCAAAGGCAAACUCUUCUGGAAGCACUGCGGACGCCAUCUUGGUAGUCAAAACCCCUCCACAAUUAAUUGGUAGCUGUUAUAGCAACGAGCUCAUGUAUAUUUAUAUUCAUUUGCUUUGAUAAUUGGCUUGCUUUGAUACUAUCCUUAUAUGGGGGCUUGGGGUGCUGAGCUCUGAGUCCAGAAAGGGGAACUAUCUGUAAGAUCUGGGUAUUUGCCACCUGUGCCCUCACCUGGUCAGGCGGAGAGAUGGGAAAUCCAGGCCCAAGUGGCGUAUGCUGCUUUGUGUAUAAAGAAUGCAUGAAUGUUUGCUUGGGUGCAGAUAAGCCAUCUUCUUGCUGCUGCAUCCAUCCUACGUCAGUAAACCCUGGGAGACCUGGCAGGCUGAUUUGCUGUAAGUCUACACCUUUCCUUCAUAAGGCACUAGAACUGAUCACUCUGGUGUUUUGGACCUCCUUCUUUGGUAUCCCUGCAUCCAACCACUCCCACAAGCCCUCCUUUGGACCAGCAGUUCAGAACAGCGUCGCACGGGUUGGCCAUCUCCACUGCAGUUGGUACGGUUGAUUCAGUUGGAUUAACCAGAUUAGCUGCAGACCACUCACCCGAACGGGCGAGAUGGUUUGCGAACUGCUUAUACAGCCCCAGAGGUUUUUAUGUUGCAUCGUGGCCUGCAGAGUGUGUACAAUCCAGAAUUGCUUCCUCUCUGAGUGCUGGGCUUUUAAUUAGUAACCUGCAGACCGGUGGCAUCCACCUCCAUAAGCCCUUCCUUCAGAAAGCACCAGUUCCGAGGCAAUCUGUUCCAGCCAGUUGCAGUCCGCCCUUGUUGGUGCUGGAUUCAGUUGUCAAGCAAAACAUUGAGCUUGCCCUUUCUCAGCAGAGAAGGGCCUGACAUGUUAAACUGGAAAACAUGACCUUCGUUUUCUUGCAAAGAGAUUGUUGUGUGUUGAGUUUUUACAAGCUUCACCGAUUGCUGCUUUUCUGUUCUGGGGAAGGAGGCAAGAAAAGGUAUUUCUGAAGCCUCUUUUAAAGGCUUAUGAUCUUGCUGUUCAGCUAAGAGCUAGUAGAUUGGAGGAAAGUUGGGAUAUGAACACCAUGCUAAGCAUGUAAUACUAACAGGCCAGGGAGGCCAAGUCAUAGUAAUAACAACAACUUAUUAUUUGUACCCUGCCCAACUGAUUGGGUUGCCCCAGACACUCUGUGCAGCUUCCAAGAUAUAUAAAAACAUAAUAAAGCAUUAAACCUUAAGAAGCUCCCCCAUACAGGGCUGCCGUCAGAUGCCCUCUCAAGGUUAUGUAGUUACUCAUCUCCUUGACAUCCCUCCCUUAUCUAAUUUGGGUUGCACUGUGAGUAAGCCAUGAGACCUUGUGCACAGGCCAGUGGGACAUCCCUGCUGGCCUGUCAUUGUGUAGUCAACUACCAGAUGGCUCAUACCUUCCAUCAAACCAAAGCACUAGGAUAUUCCAGUGAACUGAACAGGCCUAACCUUUCCCCGCUGGUUCUGUUGUUCACUAGCACUGCCUCCUCCCUGCCCACUACUGCUGUUAUCUUCUCUAACUGGGUCAGUCCUCAGGCACCUAGUGGUGUGUGCUUCUGCCACAUGGAGGAUGAAAAGGAGAAGGCAAUAGUGAUCAACGUGUGGAAGCAGAGGUACUUGGUGAUCAUUGGGGCCAGCAGGAAGGAGAAAGGCUUAGAGGCUUCAGCCAGCAUAGAUGUUGCUGGCAUAGCUAUCAAUGCAAGCUUGAAGGUCAGUUUAGAUCACAUCUGGAGAACAGACCCGGAGAUAUAUUUUGAUUCAACUUGUUUUUAUUAUUGCUUGUAAGCUGCUCUGAGCCCGGCCUUGGCUGGGGAGGGUGGGGUAUAAAUAAAAAUAAUAAUAAUAAUAAUAAUAAUAAUUAUUAUUAUUAUUUUAUGUCCAUAGACCCGAAGAGGGGAUUUGUUGAGCCAAAUGCAGCUUUUCCCUCAAAUUUUAUGCCCAAACUGACAACACUGCAGGCCCCAGAUUGCAUCCACAUUAGAUAUAUGUAAAGAAACCCUCUUAUGCUUGUGGGUCGAGAGCCAGUGUGGUGUAGUGGUUAAGAGCGAUAAACUCGUAAUCUGGUGAACCGGGUUCGCAUCCCCGCUCCUCCACAUGCAGCUGCUGGGUGACCUUGGGCUAGUCACACUUCUCUGAAGUCUCUCAGCCCCACUCACCUCACAGAGUGUUUGUUGGGGAGGAAGGGAAAGGAGAAUGUUAGCUGCUUUGAGACUCCUUCGGGUAGUGAUAAAGCUCCAAACUCUUCUUCCUCCUUGCUAGAUUGAGAUCCUGCUGUUACAUUUCUUCUCCAUCUUUCCCAGAGCUUUCUCCUAGUAAUGCGGUAAAGCAAUACAGUGUGAUCUGCGCUCCCAGAGAAUGUGUGCAAAUGCAAUGUACACAUGAAGCUUCCAUGCUUCCGCAUAGCUUUGUCCCACACUUUUGCAGUAAUAUUCAAAAACCUCCACCAUAGCGACAGGACUGGUCAUAUAGGCCCUUCCCAGCCAAUCAAUGCUUAGCAGGAAGAGAGUACAACGAUUAGCCCAAAGGAAGCCACCCUAUUGCCAGCAGCGUAGGAUUAAGUGAGGCAACUCCUGUGCAACGUUGCUAAGGGAUUUUUCUCACCCAUUCAACACGUUGGCAUAAACUAUGAUUGGGUGGGAAAGGCAAGCUUGAAUUGUCCCACAUACACGGGUGCUUAAUUGACACACACGCUCCCAACUAAUGGGGUAGCAGUCCCUUCCCACAAUGUGGGUUUAUGUGAUGGGGGACUGCUAUACCUCAUUACUGGGUUUCUACCCUGACACUAGGGGAUGCGGGUGGAGCUGUGGGUUAAACCACAGAGCCUAGGCCUUGCUGAUCAGAAGGUCGGCGGUUCGAAUCCCCACGACGGGGUGAGGUCCCAUUGCUCGGUCCCUGCUCCUGCCAACCUAGCAGUUCGAAAGCAUGAAGUGCAAGUAGAUAAAUAGGUACUGCUCCAGCGGGAAGGUAAAUGGCGUUUCUGUGCGCUGCUCUGGUUUGCCAGAAGCGGCUUAGUCAUGCUGGCCACAUGACCCGGAAGCUGUAUGCUGGCUCCCUCAGCCAGUAAAGCGAGAUGAGCACCACAACCCCAGAGUUGUCCGCGACUGGACCUAACAGUCAGGGGUCCCUUUACCUUUACCUUUUACCCUGACACUAGUGAUGGAAGUACGUGUGUGAACUUAUUCCUGUGGGGCAAAAUAUUCUACCCUCUGUGUGCACCUAGAUAAGGAAAAGGGGGGAGGAACCCUGGAAGAAAACUAUUCUGUUGUGAGAAAUGUAUUGAUUACAUGAUUAUUAUUUUUUGCAUGGUUGUAAUAUAUAGAGCAAUCAUCAUCCGGCAUUCAGCCUACUCACUUUCACCUAUUGCCAUAUUAAAGCUCAGAAGGCACUGAACCUAAAUUCAUAUCUCUGCCACCACCUCUUGCGUGAUGAGAUGUACACAUCUGGUAUGAAUCAAACGUCUGCUAUAUCCCGACCCUUGAUGUCAGCUGUGUCCUUGAGUGACCAAACAACAGGCCCUUGUUUGUGCCGCUUAGUGCGUAAAAGAAAAGGUUAAUGCGAUCCAAACCUUUCAUUAAUUUUCGCUUUUCCUUGUGUAAAACAGCAGGUUUAGAUCUAGGUCCUGUCAUGAGACGCAAUCAGGUGUAACACAGCCCAAGCCAGAGAGAGACAGUGGUUGAAUCCAUCCACAGCGCUGCAGUGCCGCUGCCAAUUUACUCACAGUGUCCAAAUUCAGUGAAAUAAGAAACAGCAGGUCGCUGGUGUGACUGGACCAAUGGCUGUGUGGGAAACCUUAGAGGCUGCCGUGCUAGCAUGACAUCCAGAACUUCAUAAUAUACACACCGUGCGUCAAGCACACCUUUUUUGAUUUUGCAGGGUUAAAAACGGAAGCAAUGUCAUGAGACUACAGCUGAGAGUGCCCAGCGCUGCUUCAGUAGUUUAUUAGACAAUGUCGAAAUGAUUUAUUUCUCUUAAUAUUUUUGAGGUGUUUCAAGAGGUCACAUAUUGAGGCCCCAUCAAAAUGGUCAAAGACUUAAGGCCUAGAUUAGAUGUGAUGUUAAAGCACUUGUCUCUUUCGGCAAACCAUGAAUCUUUGCAUCGUGUGCAAAAGGCAUUUCCCAUAAUCAGUGGUGUAGCGUGGGGGAAGGGGUGCCGUGGCCCCGGGGCAGAAAGCUGAGGGGGUGCAACCCAGUGCCCCCAUGAUGGAUUCCCUCGCUGAGGCCAUGUGACGGCCACCUUCCAAAGAUGUGAGUUGCUCCUGGGCCAGGCCUUUGGGGGCUGUGGCCGCGCCUUCUCCUCACAGAGAAAGGAUGCCCACCAAACAGAGCCAGGACUCAUCCUAGGCCUGCUGUGGCUCUGGCACUGCUGGGAUGCCACUAGACCAGCUAAGGAGUGCCAGCUGCUGCUCUCACUGGGAGCUGAGUGGGCAAAUGUGACCUCCGUGAGGAGCAACCACCACAGGGGCACAGCGAAUGCCCCCAAGGAGGUUAGGGGAUGCAAUCCUUGCCUUGCCCUGGGUGCUGCCAAUGAAUGCUAUGCCACUGCCCAUAAUAGUGCCUCUUCUGUUGAAAUGCACUCUGAAAAUUUGUCUCCUAUAUCAAGUCUGAGGAGUGUUUCCACUGAUUGUAUGAGUGAUGAAUAGCUUUAUGUCGUGCUAAUGUUCACAUCCACCACCUUCUGUUCCCAUUCCUUGGUGUGACUCUGGUUAUCUUACUUCCUUCUCUGAAACCAUAAGCUUUUAAAUCUCAAGGGAAAGGAUAGCAUAUUCUCUCCGAUUCUACAGCUUGCCAUGGCCCCACAGCAGCCAGUUUGUGUUAUGCCACAUUACCACGUAGCAAAACGUCUAUGUCCAAUAGGAACACACUGUCCUCAUAUUGAGGUUUGAUAGAUAGCAUGAGCCUGAAUCAAAAUAUUUGAUUUCAGGCAUCAUGAAACAUUUGCAGUGAGUCAGCCCAACUUCCAGGCCAGCGGCUGCUGGAGGCUUCGGCACAGUUGCUGAGCACAUAGAAGCUCAGUCAUAUUCAAUGAAUGUUAACCCUGGGAAAACAUGCACUUCAGGCUCUUUGCAGAAGGGGGGAGGGCGGAAUAACUCUUUAAAAUAGUUUGUGCCCAUCUGUACAUAAUCCGAGAGAUCACCCUAACAUAUAGAGUCUGGCAACUGCAAUUAAAUAACAUGGGGUAGGCAGAAGAAUGAGCAUCCCAGAAGUUGAAACGAUAUUCAAUAAAUCCAUGUGGUUCCUCGCCAGAUUGUUUCUGCACUGGCGAGGCUUUGUAUAAUCACACUUGAUCUCUCUUUGAAUCCUGCAAUAAGCGGAGUCAGCAAGACAAAUGCCCGUAAAUCGACUCAAGGCCUCAAAAGGUUUUCCUUUCGUUUGGUGUUCCCCGCUGCUUAAAUCUACUCACGGAGAGACAGGUACUGACAUGGGACUGCGCUGCCCACCGAGCGGAUAAUUUACCGCUGGAUCAGUCAGUUCCAUCCAGAGUCGUCUCAAGUCACAGAACCACGGACAAGACUAGUUUUUCCAAGCGUCAUCCUCAUUGCUGUGCCCAGAGGAGUUACAUUGCUACGUGUCACUUCCGAUACAGCUUCACAUGUGCGCUGCAACCUCAUGCAAUCCAACGUGGCGUGGCAAGCCAGAGAGAAACAGGGUGGGGGUGAGCAAUCGCCUCAAGUCUAAAAGCUAAGCAUUCAUCAAAUGUGGCUUUGUUAGGGUCUGAGUCUGAUCCUUCUUACAGUGCUUCCACCCUCCUGAUAUUCGCCCAGAAACCCCCAGAGUUACACCAGUGGAACAGAUACAGAAAUGAAAGCCCGCCAUUUCUCAUAAGAUGCCUGUAGACAAGAAACAGCAUUGUGUGUGAGGUGAUUUCAGUGAGCUGGGCUCGGUUAACAGGAUUGCUUUCCUCUGGAUACAGGGGAGAAUUCCAAUAUCAGAGGCAGGAUGAUUGAGUGCGGCUGGAAGGAGGAGAAGCUGUACUCCAGCUCUAACAUAUUUCAGACCCUCCAAGUCUCCCUGUUUUCCAGGGACAGUCCCAGAUUUACAGAAGCCAUCUCGGUUUUUGGUUUGAUCCCGGAAUGUCCCACUUUUCCUUAGGAUGUCCCUGUUUUCAUUGGAGUAAUGUUGGAGGGUAUGGAGAUAUGUGUCUCCUGAGCCAAGGAGGUAAGUAACUAACUAUACAACCUUUAGCAGACAUCUGAAGGCAACCCUGUAUAGGGAAGUUUUAUAAUGUUUAAUGUUUGAUGAUUAUUUUUAUUUUGGAAGCUGCCCAGAGUGGCUGGGGCAACCCAAUCAGAUGGGCGGGGUAUAAAUAGUAUCAUAAUAGUAUAGUAUAGUAUAGUAUAGUAUAGUAUAGUAUAGUAUAGUAAUAAUAAUUUAUUAAAUAGAAUAGGAAGUCACCAUUUUCAUCGGCUAAAUGUUAAAGUGUAUGCAUAUUUCCAUCAUUAGAUGGCUAAGAGCAUGGGUAGGCAAACUAAGGCCCGGGGGCCGGAUCCGGACAGUCCAGGAAUCAGUGUGUUUUUACAUGAGUAGAAUGUGUCCUUUUAUUUAAAAUGCAUCUCUGGUUAUUUGUGGGGUAUAGGAAUUCGUUCAUUAUUAUUAUUUUUUCAAAAUAUAGUCUGGCCCUCUACAAGGUCUGAGGGACAGUGGACCGGCCCCCUGCUGAAAAAGUUUGCUGACCCCUGGCUAAGAGGAUGAAGUCUUUAAAAGAGAUUAAAAAUUGGGCUUUGGAAGUCAAACCUCCCAAUUAGAGAUAAACCUGCUAGAAGGCAAUGUUAAUGUGUUGUCAAAAAUAUAUAAGAUGCUAGUAGAAUGGGAAACAAAAAAUGAACAAGUGAAAUCUUCAAUCAUACAUUGGGCAACUGGUAUUAGUAAUAAUAUUGAGAUAGGUGCAUAGGAGCAAUUGUGGAAUAAUGAUACAAAAUAACUUUUUAAUGCACAUAUAUCCACAUGCAUGCAUGCACACAUAAAAAGGAAGGUGAUCCGUUUUGGCAGAUGGGGCAGUAUCCUGCUAACUUCAGUCUCAACUCAGCCAGCACCACCUGCCUCUCUUUUUAUUUACAUCCGGUCUAGAGAUAUGGCCCUGGCUGUCAGCUCCCUCGUCCUUAGUGUCUGUGUUGCCUUUGUAGAACUCAACCAAAAUUACCAUAUUUUUUGCUCUAUAAGACUCACUUUUUCCCUCCUAAAAAGUAAGGGGAAAUUUGUGUGCGUCUUAUGGAGCAAAUGCAGGCUGCGCAGGUAUCCCAGAAGCCAGAACAGGAAGAGGGAUUGCUGCUUUCACUGCGCAGCGAUCCCUCUUGCUGUUCUGGAUUCUGAGAUUCAGAAUUUUUUUUUCCUCCGAAAACUAAGUGCAUCUUGUGGUCUGGUGCAUCUUAUAGAGCGAAAAAUACGGUGAUAUGGGGACAAAACCAGAAUUAGCUGGCUCUGCCUACUGCUGGGCUGCAAACACAUUUACAGUGGUACCUCGGGUUAAGUACUUAAUUCGUUCCGGAGAUCUGUUCUUAACCUGAAACUGUUCUUAACCUGAAGCACCACUUUAGCUAGUGAGGCCUCCUGCUGCUGCCGCGCCGCCAAAACACGAUUUAUGUUCUCAUCCUGAAGCAAAGUUCUUAACCUGAAGCACUAUUUCUGGGUUAGCGGAGUGUGUAACCUGAAGCGUAUGUAACCUGAGGUACCACUGUACAGCAUAUUCAAAGCACAUUCCUUCCUUCCAAAAAUUCUGGGCACCGUGAAGAUUCCUUUGUCAAGCCCCCAACUCUGGUCACGUAUUACCUUGAAACUGCAGCGGCAACAGUUUCACCCCCAAUAAUCUGGUAGCAAUCCUGUGGCAAUAUUUACGUUCCGUUUCAUCAGUAGCAGGACUAUUGCACUAGCAGGAUUCACUUUGUACCCUCUAAGUAUUUGAAGCAGCCAAGAAGGCUGCAGAGAAUCAAAGGCUGUCUUGUAAUCAAUAUAUGCUGCCGAGAGAUUGUGCUUUCCCAUUUACGAGUUCUCCAAGAUCACAGCAUCCACAGCGAGCUGAUCGGCGAACCAAAACGCAUAAGAGUGUGCUCUCAUUAGGGGAUUUGGGUCUGUGCUGCUCUUCUUGCACCUCCUUUGUGUUCCCAUGUCAUAUUAGAUGGUUUUAAACAUCAGUUGUACAUAGAAUUGACAUGGGCGGGAGGCAAUUGUGCCAGCCUCCAAGCAUUGAUCCUAAAUCUGCUGUUUAUAUAAACCGUGUGCGCGUCUACUUUCUCCAUUUGAUCAGGAACUGAUCUCUGCUGAAACAGCUUGGGAUCGGGAUAUCUUAAGGAGAACCUGAGCCAAGUCCAGAUUAUCAAUGGUGCACCUGGAGCAGGUACACCAGGGCCCUGUCUCCAAAGGGGGGAAGACUCUGAGCUUUCCUUUUUAAAAAGCAGCCGUAAGUUAAGGAGCCUCCUAUUAAGAAAGUUAGGAAGCAAAAUGUGCAGAUAGAUGAGCUAGCCUGGUUUCUUCCCCUUUCAGUGACGCGGGUGGCGCUGUGGGUUAAAUCACAGAGCCUAGGACUUGCCGAUCAGAAGGUCGGCGGUUCAAAUCCCCACGACGGGGUGAGCUCCCGUUGCUCGGUCCCUGCUCCUGCCAACCUAGCAGUUCGAAAGCACGUCAAAGUGCAAGUAGAUAAAUAAGUACCGCUCCGGCGGGAAGGUAAACGGCGUUUCCGUGCGCUGCUCUGGUUCGCCAGAAGCGGCUUAGUCAUGCUAGCCACAUGACCCGGAGGCUGUACGCCGGCUCCCUCGGCCAAUAAAGUGAGAUGAGCGCCACAACCCCAGAGUUGGUCACGACUGGACCUAAUGGUCAGGGGUCCCUUUACGUUUACUAUCAUAGAAUUGUAGAGUUGGAAGGGUCCCUGAGGGUCAUGUAAUCCAACCCCCCACAAUGCAGGAAUCCUGCCCACAACUGUCCCUGGGUGGGCUCGAAUAAUAAUUUAAUAAUAAUAAUUUAUUAUUUAUACCCUGCCCAUCUGGCUGGGCUUCCCCAGCCACUCUGGGCGGCUUCCAACAAAAUAUUAAAAUACAGUACAGUCAUACCUCGGGUUGAAUGUGCUUCAGGUUGAGCGCUUUCGGGUUGCGCUCCGCUGCAACCCAGAAGUAACGGAGCGCCUUACUUCCGGAUUUCGCUGUUCCCACAUGCGCAGACUCUCAAAAUGAAGUCAUGCACAUGCACAGAAGCAGCAAAAUGCAACCCGCGCAUGCACAGACACGCCAUCGCGUCUUAUGUUCCAUUCAGGAUGCGAACGGGGCUCCAGAACGGAUCCCGUUCGCAUCCCGAGGUACCACUGUAAUGCAUCAAACAUUAAAAGCUUCCCUAAACAGGGCUGCCUUCAGAUGUCUUCUAAAAGUCUGGUAGUUGUUGUUCUCUUUGACAUCUGGUAGGAGGGCAUUCCACAGGGCAGGCGCCACUACCGAGAAGGCCCUCUGCCUGGUUCCCUGUAACUUGGCUUCUCACAGUGAGGGAACUGCCAGAUGGCCCUCGGUGCUGGACCUCAGUGUCUGGGUAGAACGAUGGGGGUGGAGAUGCUCCUUCAGAUAUACUGGACCAAGGCCGUUUAGGGCUUUAAAGUUCAGCACCAACACUUUGAAUUGUGCUCAGAAACAUACUCGAACCACCAACCUUCUGGUUAACGAAGUCAGAGCUAUGCUUGAAGAGUGAAUUGUUUUGGCACAUGGAGAUAGGAAUCCCUUUGUCCUAAAGAGCUGCUCUUUUCUCCCUUCCCUUUAGUAUAAUUUCUUAUUUCCCGGUCCAUGGAAUCUCUGCAGUUUGCCCAGGCCCAGUGACAGUGGUCAGUCAGGUCAGAGGAAACGAUGUUCAUUUGUAAUUAAUAUAGUAUAGCCUUGUUUAUCUGAGGUAUCUCUCUCCACCUGCUACCCCGCCCCACAAACAAAGUAAUUAAUACAUGGGGAGAGAGUUUGGAGGUUUGGGAGCAGGAAGUGAUUUGUAGUUUUCUGUGUGAAUGAAGUAGAGUCUUUGAUGAAGUAUAAUGUGAACAGGCGUUGCACGUUAAGGUUUGUGCUGGACUUCUGUGCAAAGCGACGAUGGUGACAUGGAUGAGGAAAAUAGAUGGGUGAUUUUAAAACUCUGAGGUUUUAUUAUUGGUUACUGAUCUUUGUAAACCACUUGUGUUUUGCUGGAAUCUCUGAAACACCAGAGGCCCAUAGUAUUCCUUGUAGUCUGCAAAAAUUAUACCAUUAUUAUUGUUUAGUCUUUAAGAUACCACAAGACUUAAUCUGGCCUUGCCCAAGCAAGCCAGCCUUUUUAUCCAAGCCUGAUCACUGAUAUUGUCCGGAGCAGUGCAGACAGUUGUCCCCAGUAUUAAAAGCCUCAAUCACUUUCAGGCAUUUCUUGAUGACAUUUUUAUGCCCACAGGUCUAUGUCACUGUUUAAAAUCUUCAUGAGUAGCCAGUCAUUUUGAUGGUUAUUUUGUUCUAUUUUUAAUGGUUUACUUUUCAUGUUUUAUCGUUGUAUGCUGCCCUGGUAUUUUAUGAGACGGUGGAAUAGGAAUUCUUUUAUAAUUAGCUGUUUGCAGUGUUCCCAAUAGCAUAUACAAAGCUUAUAUGCAGCACAGGGGAAGACAGGAAGCAAGGUCCACAUGGCUGCCUCGGCUGUGAGAGACCAGCUCCCUUGGUCUUUCCAUCCAAGCUUGUACUUAAAGGAGCUUUGUGAUUUUAAGAAUAGGUGUCUUGAGUUUGAUUCUUUUCCUCAUGCUCUUCUCUCCUCAUCCUCCUUUUGUGUGAGAGAUACUUUUUGAUAGCUAUUCCGACUUCUGUUAUCUCUUCGGUUUCCAUAACAUGGAAAAUUUUACUUCUAGUGGGGUGAUAAAAAGUCACGUAGCACUUUCACGGUGAGUCACUACUGUAGACCCGAUCUCCCCCCCCCCAGUAAGUUUUGCUUUCUAUUUCUUCUUUUUGCUCUUUCUGUGGUGCUAUUUUUGUUUCUUCCUUUGCAUUUGACGGGCAUUUUGUUGUUGUUGCAGUUGUGCAGUCAAUGUACACAUAUCAAGAAAAUGAAGGCCCUCCUUCCCCUGACAGGAUUGCCACGUCUCCUACUUUCCAGAGGAAUGAAAUGCAAUAUGCAAGUCAACUCCUACGAGCCAAGGUCCCUUUGCCCACACACCCCCUAAAAUAUUCGAGGGGACCAUCCCUUCUAAGUUGAUGGGCAUUGCCAUUCAAAUGGUGUGUGUGCAUCACAUCAUGUGAUCAUUAGGGAUGGGCCUUACCUCCCCCCCCAUAUUUUAUUCAAGUUGGCAUCCCUGUUGCAAGUGAUAUGCAACUGGCCACCCUAAACCCUAAGGAGCUUACAGUCUAAAUUCUGACAGGAGGAGGCAAAUAAAAGUUGCAGGAAACAAGGAAUGAAUGUGAGUGGGUGCACACGGGCCUCAUUUUAAUUAUGCACUACUUAAUUCAUGUCGUCAGUUUGCAUUUAAUAAUAAUAAUAAUAAUUUAUUAUUUGUACCCCGCCCAUCUGGCUGGGUUUCCCCAGCCACUCUGGGCGGCUUCCAUAGAAACAAAAAAUACAGUAAAAUAUCACAGAUUAAAAACUUCCCUGAACAGGGCUGCCUUAAGAUGUCUUCUAAAUGUCAGGUAGUUAUUUAUCGCUUUGACAUCUGAUGGGAGGGCGUUCCACAGGGCGGGCGCCACUACCGAGAAGGCCCUCUGCCUGGUUCCCUGUAGCUUUGCUUCUCGCAAUGAGGGAACCGCCAGAAGGCCCUCGGCGCUGGACCUCAGUGUCCAGGCAGAACGAUGGGGGUGGAGACGCUCCUUCAGGUAUACUGGGCCGAGGCCGUUUAGGGCUUUAAAGGUCAACACCAGCACUUUGAAUUGUGCUCGGAAACGUACUGGGAGCCAAUGUAGGUCUUUCAAGACCAGUGUUAUGUGGUCUCAGCGGCCGCCCCCAGUCACCAGUCUAGCUGCCGCAUUCUGGAUUAAUUGUAGUUUCCGGGUCACCUUCAAAGGUAGCCCCACGUAGAGUGCAUUGCAGUAGUCCAAGCGGGAGAUAACUAGAGCAUGCACCACUCUGGCGAGACAGUCCGCGGGCAGGUAGGGUCUCAGCCUGCGUACCAGGUGGAGUUGGUAGACAGCUGCCCUGGAUACAGAAUUGACCUGCGCCUCCAUGGACAGCUGUGAGUCCAAAAUGACUCCCAGGCUGUGCACCUGGUCCUUCAGGGGCACAGUUACCCUAUUCAGGACCAGGGAGUCCUCCACACCAGCCCGCCCCCUGACCCCCAAAAACAAUACUUCUGUCUUGUCAGGAUUCAACUUCAAUCCAUUAGCCGCCAUCCAUCCUCCAACCGCCUCCAGGCACUCACACAGGACCUUCACCACCUUCACUGGUUCUGAUUUGAAAGAGAGGUAGAGCUGGGUAUCAUCUGCAUAUUGAUGGACACCCAGUCCAAACCCCCUGAUGAUCUCUCCCAGCGGCUUCAUAUAGAUGUUAAAAAGCAUGGGGGAGAGGACGGAACCCUGAGGCACCCCACAAGUAAGGGCCCAGGGGUCUGAACACUCAUCCCCCACCACCACUUUCUGAACACGGCCCAGGAGGAAGGAGCGGAACCACUGUAUGACAGUGCCCCCAGCUCCCAGCCCCUCUAGACGGUCCAGAAGGAUGAUAUGGUCGAUUGUAUCAAAGGCCGCUGAGAGAUCCAGCAGAACCAGGAAACAAUACUUUUAGUGCAGAAAGUAUUGAUCUGAUGUGUAGAGAUCUUUCCUGUUCUAAUUGAUUCAAGAGAGUUCUGGAAGCUUCUAGAAGCUUCUCUGUGUGAGGGAAACAAGCAGAAGGUUCCUGAUGUUUGGGUUAUUCCUUCAGAGAAGCUGAGUACAGCUGGUUUAAACUGGUUCUGUUAUCUCUUUCCGUCAAGAUCAUGCUUACUAUAAAAGGAAGGCCAGAAGGAGCCUGGGCUUCACUCUCUCUUCCUAUCUCUUUUCCUUCUGGUGUGGCAUUCUGUAUACAGUGGUGCCUCGCAAGACGAAAUUAAUUCGUUCUGCGAGUUUUUUCAUCUUGCGAUUUUUUCCGUCUUGCGAAGCACGGUUUCCCAAAGUCUUCAAAAUCACCAAAGUCUUCAAAAACCUCAAAAAAGGCUACCACACUGCGUGCUAUGAGUUGCUCCUCGAAGUCACCCUGGGUAUUAACAGUUUUAAGAAAAAGGAAACAAACUUGCAAGACGUUUUGGUUUUUUUCGUUUUUCGUCUUGCGAAGCAAGCCCAUAGGGAAAUCCGUCUUGCGAAGCAACUCAAAAAACGAAAAACUCUUUCGUCUUGCGAGUUUUUCGUCUUCAGAGGCAUUCGUCUUGCGAGGUACCACUGUAUAGUGUUAAGUUUCAUUUCAUUUCAUUUUUUAUUUGUAUGCCGCCUUUCCACAGUUAAAAACAAUGCUCAAGGCGGCUUACAGCAUGACAAGAUUUACAUGUUGCAAGUCUAAAAUAAGUUUUAGACUUAUUAUAAGUUAUUGUAAGUUUAAGUUAAGUCAGCUUGAAACUGGAUUUCUUGUGGACAGUGCCAAUCCUGAAUAUAUCGGAUUUGUGACCAUUAUGCUCAUUUGCCUUCAGUAGCAGUAAAGCUCUGCUGGAAGAAAUAUUAAUUGCCUCUGGUCUAUUUUGGGGGGAAUCCUGCAACAUGUUUAAGUUUUUAUUCUGCUAACUAUACGUUUGAGUUCUACUCUGGAUCAAUACUGAGUAGACUUUCAAUGACACAUGUCACAUUUUCAAAGAAAAGGUACACUAUCUGAGCAAUCCUUAGAGUAGCCCUGUGAGCUGUGACUGAGAAAAUAGUGGCUUUCUUUACAUCCUUUGGGCUGAGGUGAGAUUCAAACUGGUGACUUCAUAGCUCACAGUCUUCAGCCACAACAACAGCUCUCAACAUCCACCUGCGACUUGCUCCUCUAAGCUGGAUAUGCGUGCAGCACUGCACCUUAACAUCAUAUCCUGUGUGAAGCGAGCUGUGCGGUUUGAACUUGCUUGUUUGCCUCUCCACGCAAGUGGGAACCACCUUGCCACAGCUCUUAGCUGCUGUUGUGUUACACCCCUUUUAUGAACUGCAGGACUGUGCCAUGAGUGGACUGACUUAUGGGAUCAACUUUAUGUUUUAGCUUAAACUCCAAGAUCCACCAACCAGGUACAAAAUGCUGGCUGUGGGGGUGGAACCAAUCAUCUACUGCAUCCUAUAAGCCAGGAAUAGCCAAUCUGGUGCCUUCUAGUUGUUGUUGUUGGACUACAGUUAUCGUCACUGACUAUUGGCUGUGUUGGCUAGGGCUGAUGGGAGAUGGAGUCCAACAACCCUGGAAGAUCAGCCCAUUGGCUAUUUGUGCCAUAAGCCAUACCAGUGGCGUAGCGUGGGGGGUGCAGGGGGGGCGGCCGCACCGGGCGCAACAUCUGGGGGUUAGGGUUAGGGGGUGCAAAUCCACAGGUUAGGGGGCGCAAAUCCACGGGUUAGGGGGCACAAAUUACUUGCCUUGCCCCGGGUGCUGACAACCCACGCUACGCCACUGAGCCAUACACUGGAAUAGCCUGCAUGCAUGUGUACAAUUCUGCAAGGGUUUUGAACACAGAAUUCUAAAAACUGAAGGAAAAAAACCAGUCCACAAAAACCAAACAAUUUUACUUCAUAUUACUAAAUUAUUGGGAGUCAUAAACUCAGCAAGUCACCGAAAGGCUGAUUUGUAGAACAUGUUCUGUCUCGUGCCAACCCCAGUCUGUGCUACUCUUAAUGUUAAGAGGAAAGCAAGAGGCUGCCAUGAAUUGUCAAUCACUUUUAGCCCACAGAAGCAAACUUCAUAUUAGUAAACAAUCCAGUUUUCCCUCCUGGCUAUUAUGUGCUGUCCUGGGCAUGUCUCUGCCUUUUGCAAAUGGAUGGGUUCUCCCCUCCCUGCUUUCAGUAUAGCUUUUAUUAAAGGGAUCUUACUCAGUAAGAUGGAGCACCCAACUCUCCACUAGGGAUGGGGGAAGAAAUCCAAUUCAGUCCUCAUUCGAAGGUGAACUUACCAGAUUUGCAGUAUCAGAAAUAAUAUGCAAACCGAAACACAGCUAUCCUUUGAAAUUCACACUUCUCUGAAGUUUGGCGUGCAGGUCUCCAGUCAAGUAAUGUGUACAAAAUUGCAUAUACUGGGAUAAAGUGUGCAUAUAAUUGUGUCUAUUAGCAAAGAGUAGCAUAUAUCAGCACAUUUUACUGGUGAAAAUCGCUUUACACAAAAAUAAAUAAAUCAUGGAGACUUUUUAAAAAAUCGCAACUGAUGUAGAAAUGUGGAGAACUGAAUUUCAGAUUGAAAAAAUAAGAAACUGAAAUGGACAUAUUUUUCCAUAACACAGAUUUCCCUCCCUUGCUGAAGAGGCCAUGGAAAUGGUUAACUCUCACCAGGGAGCCAGAGGUCCAUUUACUAGAUAGAUUAGAUAGAUAGAUAGAUAGAUAGAUAGAUAGAUAGAUAGAUAGAUAGAUGAUAGAUAGAUAGAUAGAUAGAUAGAUAGAUGAUAGAUAGAUAGAGAUAGAUAGAGAUAGAUGAUAGAUAGAUGAUAGAUAGAUAGAUAGAUAGAUAGAUAGAUAGAUAGAUAGAUGAUAGAUAGAUAGAUAGAUAGAUAGAUAGAUAGAUAGAUAGAUAGAUAGAUAGAUAGAGAUAGAUAGAUGAUUGAUUGAUUGAUUGAUUGAUUGAUUGAUAGAUAGGUAGAUGAUAGAUAGAUAAUAGAUACAGACAGAUAGAUAGCCACGCAUCUGACUGGGUUGGCCUAGCUAUUCUGGGUGGCUUCCAACAAAUUACAAAACCCCAGUAAAAUAUGAAAGGAAUCCCUGAACGCUAUGCUUUCAGGUUCCAAAAAAGUCAUAGGAUUUAUUUUUAAGAUUUCAACCUACAGAUCCAAGUAAACAAAUGCAAUUCACUCAGGAAUGUGGGCACUUACCUGAGGCUGACCCAUGACAGUUUGCUGCCUCAGAUAAAGGACACGAUGGUCUCCCCCUCCCCAGUUCGGCACACAGAACCAGUUGAACCUUACAUCAACACCAGUGGAGGAAUAGCAUCUUCCACUACACCUGAGGCAUCAAACCAGAUUAGGGGGCUCAGGACGGGCCACGUGGCAGCAGAGUGAAAUGUCUGGAGAGGCCAGGAGGAAUGGUGGCCUGGGAAUGCUGCUACUGCAUCACCAGCAUCUGCUGCCUGAAGCAGCUGCCUCAUUUUGCCUAACGGUAGGGCCGGUCCUGCAGUAACCCGGGUCUUUGCAAAAUUUACAGUGCAAUCCUUUUUAAAAGUAAGUCCUACUGAGUUCAAUGGAAUUUGUUCCCAGGUAAGUGGGCAUGGGAUGGCAGCCUUGUUUUUAGUGUUCCCUAAAGAUUACCUUUAAGAUCGUCACUUUCCCUUCCUUCAUUUCGUGAUUUGUUCCGCCCAUUCUCGACUUUACCUUCGCUUUCAUGUCGGCGGCAUAUUUGUGCUAGAAACCUCCUUUGAUGUUCCCACCCACCUUUGCAUUUAGCAAGUGUUGAGAAAAGGGAGGGGGGAACGCCAUAAAAUGUAAAUGUUGCAACUCAGCGAGUGGCUGAACUGUAUCUUUGUAGUGCCUUGGAAAUCUGCCAGCAUUAAAUAGAAUCCAGUUGGUGUUGACUGAAAGGCUCCUGGCUGCAAAUCAAUAUGGCAAAUCUUGCAGAAUAAUGUCUUUUCUCAUCAGCGACAACUAAAAUCUGUUCUCUGGCUGUGGCUGUUGGAAAUUGGGGUGGGGGGGGAGAGAGAAGAAAUGUUUGAUUUGAAGCUGAAAGCAUGAUAGGGAGUCAUCAACGGUUGCACCAAGGAACGCAUUGUGACAGUGCCCAGUGCCUUUUCGGUUAGGGAGCCUGGGAACAUUUGAGUUGCUGAUGUGAGAGCUAGUAAAUAAAGUGGUCCUGAUCAUGGAGUCAGCACAUAAUCAAAAUGCCCAGUAAACUCCAUACGAGUUUCCUUCCUGUAGCCAGCAGGUGGGGAACAGAGGAAGAAGACAGGCUCAGUGACAAUGGAGGCAAUUGUGCUUCCUCUCGGAAGUUUAUGUACAUUGUUAAAAAGGCAGACUCAAUAAUAACAAUAAUAAUAUCCUCCCUUUAAAUAAAUAAAAGAAAUAAGAUACUAUGCGCUGCCUCAAUAGCUGAUCUCAAGAUGAAAGAUUCACACAGUUCAACAAAUUUAAACAGGGCUGAGAACCUGUCUUCCUCCAGACAUUAUUGAACUACAAAUCCCAUCAUCCCUGGAGUCACAGGAUCAGGUGUAAUACAAUCUGGAAUCACGUUAAAUUAAUUGAUGAGAAGCCAUUUUGGACUUUUUGAGUGACAAAAGAGGAAGGUUGGGCCUGGAAGGGAAACAUGAAAAAAAAAUACCACUUAGCAGAAUAGCAUGGAAACUGUCAUUUUUAUCACAGCCAGAAAUUUUCUCGGAGUGUUUAUAUGAAAUCAUAUAAACAAUAGUAGUACUAACAAUGGACAGAAAGUGUUGUAGAAUUACCUUUCUUUUAUCACUAUUUCACCCAGCCUUAUUGGAACUCUUAUUAUUUACAUAAACUAGAGAUUAUAUCCACAGACAAAUGCCAAUUAAGGGAUUGGUGCCACUGGACAGAAUCACUAUGUGAUCUGCAAGCGAUCAAAUUCUCUAAAUGCUCUCCUUGGUUCCCCCUUCUAAAAAUGGUCCUUUUUAGAGCCAGUUACCUGUCAAAUCUCCAGCCAGCUUCACUUAAGAUUCGCUUUUACGGAGCUGUGUUUUGAAGCUUUUACUAGCUGUGUGCAGCCUGUUUUUGUGCCUUCUGUUUCAUGCUUUGCCUGGUUUUGGGAGUCAGGGGGAGGGGAGCCUGCCAUAGCAGGAGGGAGGACACACCCAUGACUGUUGACCAGCCUAACUCAUCUCUACCUCUUGGCCUCCUUCCUCUCACUCACCAGCUUCUGCCUCCGAUUCUUGACUUCUCUCUGCCACAGACUCUCCCCGCUCACUAAGCCACUGCUCCCUGGGUUCUGAACCUUCUUCCCUUCCUGGUUCUCCGGCUGGUUCCUCCCACCACUCCUCUGUUGUCCAAUCAGCCAUGACACCUUGCCUAAUCUGCCAGAGAUUCUACUGUGGCUCAGACGCAUGACCUAUCCUAUAUCCAUCCCAGUUUCACCAAGAGGAACAGUGUUUUUAAAACACUGUUGUUGUCGACGUGUUCUCUGACACCAGGCAGAGGAACAGGAGAGUUUGAGACUUGCUCCCAUGUCAUGCAGAUACGAAAUACCAGGAGUCUCUGUGGAAUAGCCCUGAUAAACUAACACGGGUGGGGAAUCUCAUUCCUUAUCUCUACACUGGGAGCAAAGAUAACUUGUGAGAGAAAUGUUGUGUUGCCCGUUGAACUCCGGCCAUUGAAUCCGUUCUCCACAGGGUGGUUGGUAACCUAACAGGUUUAUUUGCAGGGCUGUAAACACUGAAUGCAAGCCCGCAGCAGUUUCGUCUAGUCCAAGGGGAGGCUAAUGCUCAGCUUAAGGGGGUGGCGGGCAGCAAGUUCGCUGUGUUUGAAUACAAGGAUGGUGCUCUCUGCGCCCUUUUCUAAGCCGCAGGCUUGAGAUUUCCAGGCAUGAAAGAAAGGCUAUGUAGAAAUAAUAUUAACUUGUACUGUACUGUAAUGCCAGCUGAAUCACCUCUCCUUUUUGUUUUCCCAGGAAAGGGAAAGAGACUGAAGCAAGCCAAAGAAGAAGCUACAGCAGAGAUUGACCACUACAGGCUACAAAGGGAAAAGGAUUUCAGACAUAAGCAGUCCAAUGUGAGUAAGAGUACCAAGGGAAGAUUGGAUUAAGGGUUGCUUCUCACACUUACUUGGCUGAGGAUAGUCUCUCUGUGGAAUGUCAAUGAGCAUGUGUAUUUCACCUCUGUGCAUGAAUGGUUACAUGCAUCCCAGAUGCUUAGAUGCAUAGGUCCAGUUCCUACAGUACUUCCUGUUCAAAAGGCCCAACUCACAUGCUUGCAGCUAAAGAUACUUUCCAUUUGUUUCCAGACACACUACAUAAGCUAGAGCAUGGGUAGGUAAACUAAGGCCCAAGGGGCGGAUCCGGCCCAAUCGCCUUCUAAAUCCGGCCCGCAGACGGUCUGGGAUUCAGUAUGUUUUUACAUGAGUAGAAUGUGUCCUUUUAUUUAAAAUGCGUCUCUGGGUUAUUUGUGUGGCAUAGGAAUUCGUUCAUUAUUAUUAUUAUUUCAAAAUAUAGUCCGGCCCCCCACAAGGUCUGAGGGACAGUGGACCGGCCCCCUGCUGAAAAAGUUUGCUGACCCCUGAACUAGAGUAAUAACUCUAAAUACAUCAUCCAUGCACAUCAAACCAUUGUGGGUGUUUCAAUUCAGGGGUGCCUGAUGUCUGACAUUCCUUCUGCAUGAAAGUGAGAGACCAUGGAUGGAAUUCCAGUCAUUAUUUGUAGUCUACUAGCAAUUCCUCCCCUCCUCCAAUUCUUUUCAUGUGUGAAACCUUGGUAGGCUGAGAUAAGGGACCGAACUCAACUAACACAGUGCCCUAGUACUCCCACUAGAGCAGCAGGGCUUCCCCCUCUCCUCCCUCUGCACCUACCCCAAAUCUUCUCUGGUUGGAAGAAGCCCCAGAACAGCCUGAACAGAUGCGAGAGGGGAGAUAAUUUCUUCUGGCAAGCAGAAAUGCUUUUACUGGUGGAAUGACCAACUAACACAACCUUGAAUUCCACCCAUGGUCUCUCACUUUCAUGCUGGGCUUUGCAGAAGCAACGUCAUACAUCACUGUGCAACACGUGUUACGGAAAGGGGAAGCACUGGGAGAGAUUUGUUAUGCUUCUUUCCAUAGCUUGGUUUGUAAGGAGAGAAGAUAUCCGCACCUCGCUUCCUCCAUGUUGACUGUAUGUGCAGAAGACUAAGGGAGAGGUUUCUCUUGUUUCGGGCCUGGCUUUGGAGAAAGUGGCACAAGCUUGUUCAUUUCUUUCUCUUUUGUUCAUGGGAUAUGUCUUGCUUUGCCUUUGUAGAUCAUGGGCUCUCAAGGGAACCUAUCGACAAAAAUAGAUGAAGAAACCACAGCAAAGAUCCGGGACCUCACUAGUAACUAUCAUAAGAACAUGGAGAGCGUGAUUGGACGCCUCUUAAACGAGGUGUAUCACAUCGACCCUGAACUCCACGCAAAUUAUGCAUACACCAUUUAAAUCCUUCCAUGGAAAAGUUUCCAAAGGAGCAAUGCCAGCCCUACUAUUUGGCAGAGUGAAUAUUUCCAAUUCAGGUGGCAGAUUUGCGGGUACCGUUACAGGGCAGUGUGCUGUCAAUCAUUACAUUUUAAGCACUGGUGAGAAUUGGGCAGGAGCCAUUUGGAUUUUCUGCAUCUGACACCACAGCUGUCUUGAGCUGCCUUUGAUCAGAAAGCAUAAUUUCCCUGCCUUUAUUGUUUUCUGUUUUCCAUUGUGCAUGUGAUAUACACAAAAGCCCAAAGCAUGUAGAUGUUUCUAAGACAUGUGAUGUGACCAGUUCCUGCAAGGUUUCACGCAAACAUUUGGUCGGAUGGAUUCUCCCCCACCUUCUCCUCCACCACCCGUCCACACAUACCCUUUUUUUGGUAGCAAAGAAUGUGUCACUUAAAUAUGGGCAAUGGCAGAAUAAAGAAUUGUUUGACACCAG